AUGUCCAGAUUUCAGUUUAAUACUCUUUACCUAAAAAUAAAAAAUGAAAUUUCCAAACAAAAUACACAGUUUAGAGAGUCAAUACCAACUAAAGAAAAACUAGGUGUAUGUUUGAAGUUCUUGGCAACUGGAGAUUCGUACCAGACGAUAGCCUUCAGUUUUCGAUUAGGUCAUUCGAUUGUGCAAGGAAUCGUCAUCGAAGUAUGCAAUGCAAUCAUUUUAAAACUAAAAAAAGAAUGUAUCAAAACUCCUCAAAAAGAAGAUUGGGAGCGAAUAGCAAAUGAGUUCUGGGAAAUUUGGAAUUUUCCCAAUUGCAUUGGUGCUUUGGACGGAAAGCACGUUAUGAUUGAAGCCCCUCCAAACACUGGCUCGUUAUAUUUUAAUUAUAAAAAAGACUUUUCAAUUGUUCUUCUAGUAUUAGUUGACGCCCAAUAUAAAUUUACUGUUGUCAAUGUUGGUGCAUUUGGAAAGAAUAGUGAUGGAGGUGACGAAACUUUUCCAUUAAAGAACUAUUUACUAAGACCAUAUCCAGGAUCUCAAAUGUACAAUGAUGUAAAAAAAAAAAUAUUUAAUGAACGGCUAUCAAGAGCUAGAAAAGUAGUUGAAGUUGCCUUUGGUCAAUUGACAGCCAAAUUUAUUAAAGUUAAAUAA